GGUCUUUUAAAAAUGAGAAAAAUAUCGGAAAACUGGUAGAUUAUCCUUGCUUGGUUACUAAAACCGUACCCAUCAACACAAUUGAUUAACCCCGUUAGGAUUCUAUUUUUCUCAGUGUUCGUCUGCAUGUUGUCCUUAUUUCCAUAUUUUUUUUGUCAUAUCACACGUUGUAAUACAAUCCGCCUCUACGCCACCUCCCCUCCUUGCUUUUUUCUUUGCAGAUGUUUCCAGUGAGCACCGUACGAGGACCAUUACCUUUGCGCCUGUCUGAUGCGGUCAACGUCAUAGCGGCUAAGGACACUUAAUGAUGCAUGGUAUUCUGCUGAUUUUAGCACAUUUGGAUAUUACCAGAAGUAGCAGUCCUCCAGUACGGAACCUAUCUCCUCCGUUUUUGCCAAUCGCCACCCUACCACAACCUGCGCGAAGAACUAAGAUUGGGAGGUGGAGCCGAGGACACACCCGCAUACUGUAGCUCUCCAACACCGGUGCACGCGUGGUGAUGCUGCAGACAACAGGAUCAUCUGAUUAACGGUCCCCGAGUAGGAAACAUAUUUUUCUUCUUCUCGGGAAAUAAAACACACGAGGGAUUUUUAGACGCUGGCAAUUUACCCCAUUAUAUCAGGUGAAAAAUGAGAACAGCAACUACCACCCAGUUUUGAACAAGGUGACUGCUGAAGGAUCAAUCCAUGAGGUGACAUCCUGUGAGAUCCUGUGGCCGUCCGGUCUUUACGGCAUUGAAUCCUCUCCCUCUCCUCCGUCCCCCUCCCAGCAGUUUCCUGGCUGAAAAGUGCAGGCUUCCUGCUCCCCCAGCAGAAUGACUGUAGCCACUGGCGACCCCUCUGAUGAAGCGGCAGCGCACCCAGGGAACCCCGCAGAGUAUGACCCUGACGCUGACCAUGAGUGCUGCGAGAGAGUGGUCAUCAACAUCUCUGGACUGCGUUUCGAGACACAGCUUAAAACCCUCUCCCAGUUCCCCGAUACUCUGCUGGGGGACCCCAAAAAGAGGAUGCGCUACUUUGACCCACUGAGGAACGAGUAUUUCUUCGACCGGAGCCGCACCAGCUUUGAUGCCAUUCUCUAUUUUUACCAGUCAGGAGGGAGGCUACGGCGGCCGGCCAAUGUGACCCUUGAUAUUUUCUCAGAGGAGAUCCGUUUCUAUGAGUUGGGGGAUGAGGCCAUUGAGCUCUUCAGAGAGGAUGAGGGUUUCAUCAAGGAGGAAGAGAGGCCACUUCCUGACAAUGAGUUUCAGAGACAAGUGUGGCUGCUCUUUGAGUACCCAGAGAGCUCGGGUCCCGCUAGGAUUAUCGCUAUCAUCUCCGUCAUGGUCAUCCUCAUCUCUAUCGUAAGCUUCUGUCUGGAAACCCUGCCCAUCUUCCGCAAUGACGACGACGAACCGCACAGUGUCUUUGACACCAACACCAACACCACAAUCUAUUUCACGUCCACCUACUUCACUGAUCCUUUCUUCAUCCUGGAGACACUCUGCAUCAUCUGGUUCUCCUUUGAGUUCCUGGUGCGCUUGUUCGCCUGCCCCAGCAAAUCUGGCUUUUUUGGUAACGUCAUGAACAUCAUUGACGUUGUUGCCAUCAUCCCUUACUUCAUCACCCUGGCCACAGAGCUGGCUGAGAAACCAGAGGAUGGCCAGGCGGGUCAGCAAGCCAUGUCCCUGGCUAUUCUCAGGGUCAUCCGUCUAGUGCGAGUCUUCCGAAUUUUCAAGCUCUCGCGACACUCCAAGGGGCUUCAGAUCCUGGGCCAAACCCUGAAAGCUAGCAUGAGGGAGCUCGGUCUGCUGAUCUUCUUCCUCUUUAUUGGAGUCAUACUUUUCUCCAGUGCUGUCUACUUUGCGGAAGCUGAUGAGCCGGAAUCGCAGUUUGAAAGCAUCCCAGACGCCUUCUGGUGGGCUGUUGUCUCCAUGACGACAGUAGGGUAUGGUGACAUGGUCCCGACCACCAUUGGUGGCAAGAUUGUGGGCUCCCUCUGCGCCAUUGCAGGUGUGCUGACAAUUGCCUUGCCCGUGCCUGUCAUCGUUUCCAACUUCAACUACUUCUACCACCGUGAGACAGAGGGCGAGGAGCAGGCCCAGUGCCUAGGCCCAGUCACCAAAGAGGACUCGAAUGAAGAGCUGAAAAAGAGCCGGAGCGGCUCAACCAUCAGUAAAUCAGACUACAUGGAGAUCCAGGAAGGGGUGAACAACAGUAUUGAGGACAUCCCUGAAGAGAACCUCAAGACUCAGGCCAACUGCACGACAUUGGCCAACACAAACUAUGUCAACAUCACCAAAAUGCUCACAGACGUGUAGCCAGCCGGCAGGCAUUGUCCUCUCGGUGAGGUUGAGGGGUCAAAGGAUAGGACAGGUGUGUAGCCUCCCUUUUCACAUGUGCUGCUGGAAUAUCAAGGCAAUAGAUUCAGGACGUAUACCUGUACUCGUCUUUUGUGAGUGAUGAGAAACACCAGAGACCAUGUGCUCACUCCUCCCCUAACUCCCCCUGUUAGCUCGUCACACCUUGCCCUCAAACUGACCUUCUGUCAGAUUUUAAAUCUUAUAUUCCACAUUUUGCUUGUUGAUGUCUGCAUGGAGUUGGCUUUGUCAGUGUGACUUUUUCAAAUAACCUGUUCACAACAGUAGUACAAAAAAAGAGGAGAAAUGUAGUUAAAAGAGGGAAUUUAUAGUUUCCAGAAUAACCACACCACCAACACUGCUUCAGCCCCCCUGUGCCGGCCCCUACCCUGGUCUCCCUUCAUUGCUAAAGGCACACUGCGCUUCUGAAGAGUCUUGUUUGCGUGUUAGAAUAUGCUGCUUCCUGGAGCAAAUGAAACAAACCCGUUCUGUGGUGAACUACUUGGAGAUUACAGCACGUGGGAGCACUAAGCAGGCAUGCUGCGUUGCUGAGGCCUGUCAUGACCUGAGUCUGAGGAGUGUGGUACUGUAGUAGCAAUCCACAUGAUUUAUGGGAUAUCAGCUCCAUAAGCUUAUGAUGGUUUGACAUAUUUUCUUCAGUAGACAUCAGUAUCUGAUGAGUGACUGAGAAUGUCCUUGACUUUUCACUGCGUUAGUCUUACAUGGUUUAUGUGUUUACUGUACAUUGCAAUGCAAGCAUCCCUCCUCCACUCAUCUGCAUCAGUCUGAACCAGUCUUACUGCAGCUUUGAGGACAAAGUGAUUGUCUCUUCCUCUUUCAUAAAAAAAAGUGUACUCAUUUACAUACAGAUAGGUAAGUAGUUGUGACUGUAACCGAUACUGUAGCUAGAUACUGUAGGUACUGUAGGUAGUAACUGUAGCCAGUUGAUUGUUGCUUGGAGCUCUUAACUGAAUGAGUAUUCUCACUCACACAACUAUCAUUGCUCCAAAGACACAGUUUGCCUUGCUCUCUAUAACCUUCUAUCACACAUGUGAAGGGAUGACUAUAAAGUGGGUAUCAUACACGUAAGUAUUCACCCCCCCAUGGAUUUUGUUGCCUUACAAAGUGGGAUUGAAAUAUAAUUCAUUGUGAUUUUUAGCCAAUGAUCUAUACAAAAUACUCCAGAAUGUCUGAGUAAAAAAACAACAACAUUUCUACACAAUUUGACAAAGUAUUCACACCUUUUGUUUGCUCAAGCCUAAGUUAGUUCAGGAGUAAAAUUUGGCUUAACAAAUCACAUAAUCAUUUACAUGGACUCACUCUGUGUGAAAUUAUAGGGGUUGACAUGAUUUUUGAAUAACUACCCCUUCCUCUGUCCCACAUACAUACAACAUCUGUAACUUCCCUCAGUCAAGUAUUGAAUCUCGAACACAGAUUCAACUACAAAGACCAGGGAGAUUUUCAAAAGCCUCAUAAAGAAGGACAGGGAUUGGUAGAUAGGUAACAAUAACAAAUUAGACAUUGAAUAUCUCUGAAAGCAUGGUUAAGUUAAUAAUUAUGCUGUUAGAUUAUGUAUUCAAUCACCUAGACACAUCAAACAUACAGUUGUCCUUCUAGACUGAGCUGCAGGGCAGGAAGGAAAGUGCUCAGGGAUGUCACCCUGAGGCCACUGAUGAUUUUAAAACGGCUACGGAGUUCAAUGGCUGUGAUGGGAGAAAACUGAGGAUGGAUCAACAACAUUGUAGUGACUGCACAAUAACGACUUAAAAAGAAGAAUCCACAUUUUCAGAAUAUAAAUAUUCCAAAUCAUGCAUCAUGUAUGCAACAAGGCACUACAUUAAUACAGAAAAAAAAACCAUGUUUGGGGAAAAUCCAACGGAACACAUCACUGAGUAAUUUACUCUUUAUUUUCAAGCAUGGUGGGGGCUGCAUCAUGGUAUGGGUAUGCUUGAAAUAGGCAAAGACUGCUGAGUUUUUCAGGAUAAAAAGAAACGGGAUGGAGCUAAUCACUGGCAAAAUCCUAGAGGAAAACCUGCUUCAGUCUGCUUUACACCAGACACUGGGAGAUGAAUUCACCUUUCAGCAGGACAAUAAAUAACAACACAAGUGCAAAUCUACACUGGAGUUGCUUACCAAGAAGACAGUGAAUGUUCUUAGUGGCCAAGUUACAGUUCUGACUUAAAUCUGCUUGAAAAUCUAUGGCAGUACUUGAAAAUUGCAGUCUAGCCAUGAUCCAACACCUUGACAAAGCUUGAAUGAUUUUGAAAAUAAUAAUGGGCAAAUGUUGCACAAUCCAGGUGUACAAAGCUCCUAGAGACUUACCCAGAAAGACUAAUCGCUGCCAAUGGUGUUUCUAACAUGUAUUGAACAUGUAUUGACUCGGGGUGAAUACUUGUCUAAUCAAAGUACUGUAUAUUAGUGCUUUAGUUUUCAUUCAUCUUUAAAACAUUUCGGAAAUUUUCUUCCACUUUGACAUUACAGAGUAUUUUGUGUAGAUCGUUGACACACAACAAAACAAAAAAAAUUACAUCUAUUUUAUUACCACUUUGUAACACAAUCAAAUGUGAAGAAAUCCAAGGGGGUGAAUACUUAUGAUAGGCACUGCAGGCUAUUAUCUAACAAGCUACAAGGGUGUCUAAAAGGAAACCAUGCCCCAAACCAGCCCUAUAGUACAUUUGACCCAAAUGUAACAUUCCAGCCACACCGCUGAGCUGAAAACAUAGAGGUGUUUCUAUACCGCAGUCAUUGCACCUGAGCUUUAAUUGGAGGCAAAAUGCAUUAGUUAAUUACUUACAGUACUCAAGCAGUCUAGUUGCAGCAUUAAUCUCGGUUACAGACAGACUUGUGUAGCCUCGCCUCACGGCUGUCUUGUACAACUGUGUCCAUCGUGUCUUCAUGAUGAGCUAUUGGGACAGCUAAUGGGACAUGUAUAAAAUUAUGCUUCCUCCCUAAACUGCGAUCAAAACAAGAAGGCUAACUGAAUGCUACUCUCCUAGUGUUGCAUGACCUUAAUACAUUCAUAGAAGCAUGUAUUUAAGUUCAAGGAAACCUAUGAAAAAGCCUAUGGAAACUAUUUAGUAGGAUACCUAUAUUAAUCUCAAUAUAUAUACUUACAUACUUUUACAUGUGAUAACAAAGCAAUCUGGAACGUAUAAGAAGGGGAAUUGACGUUCAGCUGACGAUUUAGAGAUGAGGAUGACCAUGACGGAGAUGAUAGCGUUAAUCCGAUAAUCCUUGAAGAUAUGCAGAUCGUUGCUAUGUUUGUUUUAUGAUGUGAACAAUGACACUUGUUUAUUUCGAGCACUGUUGGGGUAGCCCCAUUUCAGGGACUGUCUGUUGGACAGAGUGCCAAAGACAUGCAUGCGCGUAAUACCCUAGCCAUUUCGCAUGGACAAAUGGAGGUACAGUAGUAUAUCUGUGGUAGAUGCAUCCCUCAAUCCCAAAAUAUGAGCAUUAUCUAAAUUCUGUCCUCAUACUCGAAGGAGAGAUGGUUUAUAUAUUGCCAACAGCUGAAGUAUGUAGCUGUGCAGCAACUCUUAACUACACCGUUCUAGGUCUCUCAUGACAUUGCUGAGUCUGCUGCCUUUCUACAUCUUUUCAUAGUGGUCUUUAGGGCACAUGAGAGUAAUAGCAGAGCAGGGGAUGUUUCGCCAGUGCAAAUUAAAUGGUAAAUGGAUUCAGUCUUAUUUACCCUUUGGUAAAUAUUGGUUUGACUCUAAUGUCUAAGGUGUUUCUAAUGUGUCUGAUCUGUCGGCGGGGAUGAGAAAGACCAGUUUACAUUUUUAGGCCUAAAUGUCUACUACCAUUGCCGCAGUUUGCACUCAGGGUGCCUCGCUAGAUAGACAGACGUGAGGUUCUUAUCUCCUGGUCCCUCCCUCUGUCCUUACCAUGUUCCCUUUCCUGUCUUGUGUCUUCAAUUGAAAUGAAACGUGUUGGAAAGGAACUUGACUCUGACAAUAGUCUGGGUCUGGAACCCUGCUUAUUGAUGCUUCCAUUUACAUUAUAACGACAUUAUGUUAUCGUGUUCUUAGUGUAACACACUUCCCCUCUAAUGCACCACCUUGUCCACAACACACAUCAUAUAUAUUAACUGUACAUGACGUGACUAUGUAGGUACACAUUAGGUGGUGUUUAUUUGUACGUGUGUGUGUGUGUGUGUGUGUGUGUGUGUGUGUGUGUGUGUGUGUGUGUGUGUGUGUGUGUGUGUGUGUGUGUGUGUGUGUGUGUGUGUGUGUGUGUGUGUGUGUGUGUGUAUGUAGAGCCCACCUCUGAAUGUCAGUGUCUUAGCUUGGUUGUACUGCUGCAUUAAAGUGACAGUGUGCAACCAUUCAUGCAUGUGUGCGUACCAUUUUUAUUUAUUUUUUACUGCUCACAGUAUGACCAAAAAUGACCAAAUUGUCUAUGCAUGCAAAUGCGUUGUAUGUUUUGUAUUAUUUUUCUAUUAAUUUAUUUUUACACACACACUGUCAAAUUUAGCAACAUAUUGAAAUAGAAGCACUGGUGUUGAGUGUCAAUGAUUUGUUUUUUAGAUGCUCUAAGCACAAGCACAAAUGGAGUAUACCCAUUUGUAUCACUGUGCUUGCAGAUUUACUAUGUAUGUCAAAUGUUUAUUUGCAAAAUGGAGUGUCGCAAAAUUGAAAAUGUAUAUUUUGCUUUAUAGUAAGCAUCUCUAUACUAUUUUAACUCAAAGUGUACAGAGGGUUCCACCAGCAAAAUUACAGUCAGAAGGACUCAGAAAAUGCACUGCAAAGUCUAUCCAGAGAAGCACUGUAGAUUGGAAAUAUAGACACAGAUAGGCCAGGGUGUAGAAUGGAAGGUGAACUCAUAAUGCGAUUCAAUGGAAGGUGAACUCAUAAUGCGAUUCAAUGGAAGGUGAACUCAUAAUGCGAUUGAAUGGAAGGUGAACUCACAAUGCAGUUCAAUGGAAGGUGAACUCACAAUGCAGUUCAAUGGAAGGUGAACUCACAAUGCGAUUCAAACAAAGUAGAGUUUCUGCUGUGUGAAUUGUUUUUCUCCAGAUUCUGGGUUUGUUUGAAAUUUAAUAGUGAGAUUUAUAAUCGAUGAUGAGGGCCCCUCCAAUUUUACAGAGAAAUACAGACCUCAAUUGAUUCAAUAAAUAAAAAUACAGGAAAACUGCACUGCAGGUUCAAAAAUGCUAUGCUGUAUUGGAGGUCGUAAGUAACUGGGUUAACGGUGAAUACUCCCACGAGCUGUUCCUAUCACCAACAUUGUCAUUGAAUAUGAGUGUGAAACUGAGUGAAACCACAGUGUGAUUUUCCUUUAUCUGUAAUUGUUUGAAUUUGGGCCACAGUGAAAGCCUUGUAUUGCACUGUAUGCUUUCCAUCACCAAAAAAGUAAACAUGCAAGUAGCUAAACAAGUAGUAGCUAUACAAUUUACUGUAUAUGCAUGUGUUUUAGAACAAGAGAGUGUGUUUCUGUGGUCUCAAUGUGAAUGAUACUGUGGCAACACUGAUACAGUAUGCACAGUACAGCUCCUUCACCUUCAACCCUCCCACACAUCAUGGUGGCCUGACUACUACUAUCAACUUUGGUACAAUGGACAAUCUUUUUUUUUUUCUAUGAAAAGAAAUGUGUGGAAAAUACUGUGCACAACAAUAAUGGAUUAAGAAGACAAAAAAACAAUACUAUAAUGCUAUGCGAAGUCUGGAUUUAAAGUAAUAUGAACUGCACUUUACAGGAACAAAAAGACAAUCUGCAGACAAGAAAAAUGUGUCAAACUAAAAUGCAUAUAAUCCUUCCAAAUGAUCAUAACCAUGAUAACACAGUAAUAUCAAUAAUGAAGACAAUAAUAAUUCAACCAAACUGUGGUUUGUGUGUUUUUAAUGUGUGAGAUGACAUUUUUUCUUAUCCAUACAUGGUGGUGGACUAGCUAUGUUUUUCUUGGUUUUUUUUAUGCCAGUGGCCUUGUGCAAUUCUAACAUGAAUUGUUGUAUUUGAUGCAUUGCACCAUAGUUAGCACAAUUUCAUUUGCAGUCUUUGGCUACAUGAUCAAACAAUAACACAAUGUCAAAGAGAUC